AUGCUUGUGAUGAUAUUUGAGAAAUAGCGUAACGAAUAUUAAAUGAUGCCUUUCAGUGAAACUCUAUGGACAAUUAUGAUUAUGAUAACAACGACUGGAUUUGGUGAUUAUGCACCAAUUACUCCUAUGGGCAGAAUAAUGAGUAUUACUGCUUGUAUUGUGGGAGUAGGAAUUAUGUCCUUGUUUAUUGUUAGUCUUACACAUUCAUCCUAUUUGAACAACAACGAAAAUAUUGUUUACUCAUUAGUGACAAGUGCAUAAACUUUUUUGACAUGCUAAAAUAUGCACAUUUCUUUUACUAUGAAAGAAGGUAAAUAUUAAAAAUUCUUCAUGAUUCCAAUUAGAUUGGUACAAAUGCAUUAACCCCAAAUUGAAGAUAUGCUUGAAAGUAUGUAUGAUAGAAUAGCGUCGUUCGAACUUGAAAUUUAAUAUAAAAUUGAUAAGUUUGAUCUUCUACAUUAUCAAGUUGAAGAAAUUAGGAAAUAAUCCGAAUAAGUUAAAAAGGUAAUGACUCGGUGCAAAGCUUUAAGCUUUCAAACACUAAAUUUAGCUAAAUUAAUGGAUGACUAUCGAGGGCAAAUGUUCUUGAGCUAAAUUAGUGAUUUGAGAAAAACAAAGAAACUCACAACUAAUGAGAUACCAGAUGAAUUGAAAAAGCUUUAAGAUUUAUUGCCCCCUUAAACACUAGAAUUGCUUUCUGAGACUACUUUAUUUGAGUCUGAAGAUUCAAUUGAAGAAAAAGUUGGCGUUGAUCAUAAACCCAUUUUAAAAUAGUAGCUCAUAGAAUAAGAAAUAGUCGAAGAGGAUGAAGAAAAUCUAACGACUGAAAAAUCUCAGGAUACAAAUUAUCAAACACUAAUGAUUGAUGCGCAAGCUGGAAUCUAAGGAGAUCUGCUUAACACAAAUUCAAAGGAACACUAAAUAAACUAUUAAAUUCAAAGUGAUUAACCAUCUGGAUUUAAAAGUCCCUUGAAUUCUUAGUAAUAACCCAGAAGAAAGUCAGUAAGAUUUGAUAUAUCAAGUACACCCAAACUCUCAGAUAAGGAGACUGGUUCCCAUUAAUCAGAUUAAUCGAGCCUUUAAAAAACUAAUUUGAAUUAAGCAUUGUCAUAGCAUCAUUAGUAAUAACUAUUAAUACCUGAAUGGUCCUAUCUAAAUGAAGAUUUAAAAUCAACAAAUGAACCUAAGAUUUGCUAUCUAUAGUUUAAGUGA